GCGACGCUGUUUCGCUGUGCUUAUUCUUCUUGUUUUCACUGCUACCAUUAAAAGAACGACGUCAAGACGGCGCCCCCAAUUCCCUCUCGUCGUGCGCUCGCUGGUCUCGCUCUCGUCUCCGUGCUUUCUGUCGUCGAAAAACAGCGCAAGAAGAAAGCACAGGACGUAGAAGAAGACUUUGCCAUUGAGGACAUGUCGGGCGAACUGCAGACCAUUCCCGCGCGCCAUGGCGUUGCGACGUUCGUGCCCAGAGGCAGGACCAUCAAGGUUAUCAAUACGUAUGGGAAGCAAGUAGUCAGCAUGUGGGCGUUUAGUCUAGGCGCGCCGCCCGAGGAGGGAGAGGACGACGAGGAGGUUGAGGCGAAGGAGCUGGAUGCAGAAGAGGUGCAGCAGGAGGCUGAGGGAUUGAAGAAGGCUGUUGAGGAGGGUGGUGGGAAGGAGAGUGUGCCCUCAGGCAAAGGAAAGGAACGGUCGACAGACGUAGAAAGCACCAGCAAGGAGACGGAGUCGACAAGCAAGGGGAAAGGAAAGCCCAAAGAGGACGAGAGCAUUGGCAAAGAGACACAGUCCACAAGUAAAGGAAAGGAAAAGUUCACAGAAGCAGAGGGAACUGGCAAGGAGACACAGACUACAAGUGAGGCAAGCGAGGAUGACGACUCUCCCGAGCAAGACGCUGAAGACCCGCCCGAGCAAGCACCCGACACUCCAGAGAAGGAAGAGUCCACUCCCACAGCAUCGUCAUCGAAGCAACCCUCCAAACGCACCUGGGCGUCUUACCUUCCCUCCAUUCCAUACCGCAAUAAAGGCACGGCAAGUAAAACAGACGCCCAGCAGAAACCCAGUGCCGAGGAAGAGAAGGCGCAAAACGAAGAAAACACGAAGAAGUGGUCUUCCUACCUGCCUACUGGUAAAGGUAUCUCAAAUUAUGUUCCGAAUGUGCAGAUCCCAGAUUCGAAGGGCGUAGUGAGUGCCUUCAAGUCCAGCCACUAUCGCGACCCGAACAAGAGUUAUGCGGAGCAACUGUAUGACUUCUCCAAGACGCCCGUUGGAGCUGGAACCAUUGCAGCUGCGACCGGCUCAGGCUACGCCUCCUCUGUCUACGCCGCCUACACCGCAUACGCCACUACACAUCCCUCGAACUCUUCCAUGCCACCUAUGGAGUAUCUCUCCCUCCCCCACACCCGCGCCUCGUCGUACAAGCUCGUGCCUGAGGUCGAUGACGAACUGCUGACGAAUUUGCGCAAUCCAAUAAUCACCCUGGUAGAGGAUACUUCGCCCGGUGCUCACGAUACGCUCACCGCAGCGUGCGACGCCAAUUUGUAUACUGCGCUAGGUAUCGAUAAACCCGCGGAACACGGCAGUUGUGCGGAGAAUCUUGUCCUCGCGCUCAAAGAACUGAACGAGACUGCAGGACUCAAGGGUGCGAAAGCAGUCGGUGCUGACAUCUCAGUCAACAUCGCACCCACGCCGCUACAUUUGUUCAUGAACGCGCCUCUGGAGCUUACUGCUAACAAUUCGAGUGAAGGCGCGGGUGCCAAAGGCGCAGUCAUCAAAGUCGAAGAGCCAAAGGGCAAGAAGAGAAGUUUCGUGCGCUUCCGCGCCGAGCGGGACGUCGUCGUCGUCUUCAGCGCGUGUCCCAUGGACGUGGGCCAUCAAAACGGUGGACGAUGCAUGGCGGCGAACUUCAUGGUCGAGGACGUGCAGGAAGGCGAGGAUCUUGCUACUUCAGCGGCGAGCAUUGGGAAAAAGCGCGGGAAGCCGAAGAAGCUGAACGGGAGUGCGAAGAAGGCUGAUGCCGGGCCAAAGAAGCCAGAGCCGCAAAAGGAGGAGCCGAAGAAGCAGGCUGAAGAAAAGAAGUCGGAAACCCCCAAACCAGACAGCGCGAAAGCGAAGCCAGCUGCACCGAAAGCGCCUGAGAAGGAAGAGAAGAAAGAGGAGCCGGUGUCUGAAGAGCCUAAAGCGAAGAAGAAGCCCAAGAAGCUCCAGGUCCGCGGCGGAAGCAGUACCCCGGCGCCGUCGCCUAAAAGCUCUUCGUAGAAGAGUCCUCGUUAUCGUAGCGUCCGUUCAAACUCGUGCUUGGUGCGUUUAGGCAUUUGUAACCCGAGUACGCGAUCCUUUUUGCCUGUCUGUAUGCGUAUUCGGCUUUUCUUGCUUUCAUAGGCUAAUAAUAUCACUUUGCCAAGUUUGUUCACUGCAUAUUCUGGGUUCCAAGCGACGUAUGAAGGACCUGAUCCUGGGUU